AUGUGGCUACCCCAGGAUUUCCCACACGAGGGCGGUGACGCAGGGCCCCCUUCAACUUUCCCGAAUCCCUCGAUCGACACACCCACUUCUCUGCGCCUCUCCGCUUCUCAGUACCUUCGAUUCCAUCUCGAGUCGCCCUCCGGACUCGCCAUGGUGACGGUCGGCAAGUCGCACCCGGGCGCUGACCCCGUCCACCCUCUCCCCACCUCACCCGAUCCGGUCGGCUCCAACUCCCCGCCAUCGAAGCGAGAUUUAGCUUCAUGGUGGAAACAGUUCAAACGAAGCACCAGAAAAGACGAAUUGAAAGAAGAGGCACCCCGCGGCAUCUUCGGGAUCCCGCUCAAUGUCAGCAUCAAGUAUGCCAAUGUGGCAAUCUCAUUAACCAACGACCAUGGCGAGAGCUUCAUUUAUGGAUACGUGCCUAUUGUUGUUGCAAAAUGUGGAGUUUUUCUAAAAGAAAAAGCAACGGAUGUGGAGGGCAUCUUCCGUCUUAACGGAUCAGCCAAACGUAUUAAAGACUUGCAGGAGGUCUUCGAUUCCCCCGAGCGAUAUGGCAAAGGACUCGACUGGUCCGGAUACACCGUCCAUGAUGCAGCAAAUGUACUUCGCCGAUACCUGAACCAGCUUCCCGAACCCAUCGUGCCAUUGGAGUUUUAUGAGCGCUUCCGUGAACCUCUGCGUAUCUACCAGCGACAAGUCCUAGAAGGCAAGGACACAAACGAUGCCGAUAAGUUCGACCACGCAAAGGCUGUCGAGACGUACCAGAACCUCAUCAUCGAGCUGCCCCCAUUGAACAAGCAGCUGCUCCUCUAUAUCCUCGAUCUUCUCGCGGUUUUCGCCUCAAAGUCCGAUCAGAAUCGCAUGCCGUCUGCCAAUCUGUCUGCGAUCUUUCAACCAGGCAUGCUGUCUCACCCCCAGCAUGAUAUGUCACCGGAGGAAUACAAGUUGAGUCAGGAUGUGUUGAUCUUCUUGAUCGAGAAUCAGGAUCACUUCCUGUUCGGAAUGAGUGGCACGGCUGCCGAUGAGCAGACCAUGAAAGAGGUUGAGGCUGGAAUUCCACGACCCGCAGCUCACCCGACCGUUCGACGAUCGGUAUCCAACGCUAGUGCGAACACGGAUGGCCAUCGCAAGUUGGACAGUAUCCGACGAAAUGUCUCCGUUUCAUCGCGCAACUCGCGCCAUUCUAACAACGCUCAAAGCCCCGUAACUCCCACCUCAGCCACCGGCGGCGGUGGUGGUGUCCACCGAAGCAACACUCUGCCCUCAAAGAUGGGUCCCGUCUUGGCCUCUGCCCGUUAUGCACGAGCCAACGACACUGGAUCGAACAAUCCUUCCGGCCUAUCUGUUUCUCAUCAGAGUUCUCGAUCAACUAGUCGAACACCCUCAGUGCGCGAAGAGCCCGAGCAGCCUGCGCCGAUCCCUGAGUCGGUCUCUCAUCCGGCCCCUCAACCAGUCCCUGAGCAGACACCCGAGCAAUGUCCUGAGCAGCGAACCCCUAGUAAAUCGGCCGCCUCGUUGACUCCAGGCAACGUCUAUGUGCAUACGUCAACCCAUGGCCCAUUGCCUCCGGCCACUGCUGAACGUCUUAGCCUCAGCGAAAUUGCCAGGCCGCAUGAAAAUAUCAACACCACGGUCACCUCCCCCCGGUCGCUCUAUCCCCACAUGUCACCCCGAGCCCCGAAUCGCUUGAAAAAAAAGCGCAUUCCCGGUAGUGCAAGCAUGAGCGCACAAAGCUCGGCUAAUUCACUCCAUGCCUCGAGUGCAGAUCCUAGUGCGGAUCUUGAACCUAAGAACGAAAACCGAUCUGUGGAAGCUGCUGUUGGUGACACCACUCCGAGACCACCAACCUCUGCCACGCUCGGCAACCGAGAGAACCCUUUCGACUCGAGCCCGGCUCCCGCAGAUGGUACUUCGCAACCUCACACUGACCACUCUUUGCGACCUCACAGGUCGCGCACACCCUCCAUGAACUCACGUUCAUCAUUCACUGAUCAGUCUGAUAUGGAUCAGCCUGAAGAUGUCGCUCGCCACGAAAAUCGUCGUAGUUGGCGGUUCCAUCGGUCGUCCAAACACACCGGCGAACAAGUCGGACUAGGUUUCGCGUCUCCACCCCUAGUAGCGACGAAUCCCCGAGCUGAGCAAAGCACCAGUUCAUUCGGUAGCGGUCACCAUCAAAACACAGACCUCUCCAAUCACCCACUGAGCUUGGAUGCUGGCAUUCAAGGCACCACUUCCUCCAUAGGAUCAGAGCCCGAGAAGAAGAGUUUGUUCGGAAAGUUCAAGGCCAAGGUUGCUCAGGUUCGGGAUGGUGUUAAGGAUGAUCGUGAGCGCACAAAGAGCCCCACCAGGUCAGAGCAUGACCCUUCCCUCACCAACCAGCCUCUUGCUCCCAUUGCUACGGAGCCGACAAAUGGCAACUCUCUCUCAGUUGAAGUACCACGCGAACAGCCCAAGGAAGAGCAUAUGCGUUCGCCCGUGUCUCCCUUGCCUGGCGCUGGUCUUCCCCCAUCUAUCCCCGAAGAGCCGCAUAGCCCCGAGGCGACUGCAACUGUGCCUGUCGCUGAACAGAAGGAGUCUGUUCAGCUGCCCGCUACCGAGUCCGUGUUGGCACCAGAGCCAACAGUGUCCCCUGAAAUCCUGAAAGAGACCGCGGGACCCUCCACCUCAGCUGUUUGA